AUGACCACACCGGGCAAUGUGGCCAUCAUCCCCGAACGGCCCGCCGAGAAUGGCUACUGGAAGAACGAAUGGCAGGCCUCCGCCGACAAACUCAUCAACAUGCUCCUUACCCUGCGUCAAGAGACCGAAGGCGGCUGGGAGGAGCGUGGGUCCCACAAUGGAGGCGAAAUCGCCAUCUAUCCACGAAACCCCGACGAGCCUUUCUCCACCAUGCCCAUGUUUCGCGGCAAGACACACGCGGCCGGUCUCACUCCGCUCGAGGUCUUCUCCGGCAUCCGCAUGACCGGUUUCCGUAUGAUGUGGGACACACGAGUCCAGUCGGCACACAUCAUGCGCGCCUUCUCCAUGCACGAGUUCCUCUUCUACCUUGUAUGGCGAGGCAUCGGUCCCGUCCACAAGCCAAGGGACAUCUGCGGCAUCCAAGCACUACGAUGCUGGGAUGCGGCAGGCAAUCUGCAGGACAUUCCCGACUUCACCACUGCCAACAUGGUACUGGGCUACCAAAGCCUGGAUGAGGUGCCGGGCAUUCCAGCCGAAGUGGAAGGGUGCGUUCGAGCAAAGGUCCACAAAGCUGCCUUCUACCUCGAGAGCCGCGACGGCGGCUGCGACAUCACAUACAUCGGACACGUCGACCUCGCAGCGACCAUCCCCAAGUACAUUCUCACAACGCUGCACAGCGAACUCCCCAAAAGCACCAUGCGUCUACGGGACGCGCUCCUCACAUUUGGCGUGCCGCCCGUACUCAUUGAUCGUCAGCGGAGCAUCGCACUGCAGUACCUCUCUUGCAAUCCCGAGUCACGGCAGGUCUCGAUCCACGCCAAGAUUAUGCACCCAGGCACGGUGCAUCUCUAUUUGGACUACAGCAAGAUGUUUACCCAAGGCGUCGUCAUCAGCAGCGUAUUAGGAUCAGCAGCCGCAGCUGUGUCGGUGCGAGAACAUUUCGGUACAGAAGACGGCUUGGAAAGGCGCAUGUUGGCGCUCGAUCUCUUGCCAGAAGGCGCAGGGGGCGAGUUCAGACUGAUCAUCGAUGCGGCCGACAAGGAGGGGCCCGAGUCUGGAACUGGGCCCGGCUGGUGGUGA